AACUUCAACUCAGCGUUCAACGUUCCACCUUAUCGCCUCUCGCUCGUAUUCAAUUGAAUCUUUCCUGAAGCCCAAUCAUUAUGGCACCUCGAGGACUAUCUGCUGAGGAGAAGCGUGUUCGACUGCUGGAGAUCUUCCAUGAAACGAAGGACUUCUUUCAGCUGAAGGAACUCGAGAAGCUGGGUCCGAAAAUGAAAGGGAUUGUAUCCCAGACCGUGAAGGAAGUCCUUCAAUCCCUUGUCGAUGACGGCCUCGUUCAGGCGGACAAGAUUGGAUCAUCAAACUUUUUCUGGAGCUUCCCUUCUCAACACGGAACCAUGAUGCAAAACCGCCUCAAUACAGUUAAACAAAAUCAAGCGGCGUACAAGAAUCAGCUAACUGAGUUGCAAGUUGCGAAAGAGACGGAAAAGGCAUCGCGGCUAGAGACCCUGGAACGUAUAAAUGCCUUGGCUAAGCUCUCUGCUGCACAAAAGGAGCUCUCCUUACUGGAGAAAGAACUUGGUCAAUACGGCGCUUGCGAUCCCGCAGUCGUGGAAGACAAGAAACGAGCAGUUAUCCUGGCGAAGGAAGCUGCUAUUCGCUGGACCGACAACUAUGCCAUGCUCCUUUCCUACUUCACGCGCCAGUUCGGGGUUGAUCCUGAAGAAAUCAGGAAACAUCUAGGCGUGGACGAAAAUUACGAAGAUAUCCUCUGAACUCCUCGAAUAACAUGAUCUGGCUGGCUGGCUUCCGGAUAUACCUGCUUCUCUGUUCUGGUGCUUUCUGUUAUCGAUUUGUGGAUACUCUCGCAAGGACUUGUUGUAACGGUCUCUCCUCGCAAUGCAAAAUGAAAGCUGUAAUCUCUC